AUGGGUGUCCCUCAAAUAUGGGAAUUUUUGAAACCGUAUCUCCAAGAUUCCAGGAUCCCAUUGAGAAAGUUUGUCGUUGACUUCAAUGAAUCGCAAAAAAGACCUCCGAAGAUUGCAAUUGACGCAUAUGGGUGGCUGUUUGAAUGCGGAUUCAUUCAGAGCUCGGACACGAAGCCUAGGUCAAGAUCAAGAAGCCCUAUUCGUUCACCUCGAGAGAGUGAUGUGGGUACCAGCCAAGAAUAUCAUAGUAGUAGAAGUUACAUAAGUCCGGGCAAGGCUGUUAUAAACUUGAUAUCUCGGUUAAAGGAACUACUGGGCCUAGGAGUGGAAUUCUUGCUUGUAUUUGACGGAAUCAUGAAGCCUUCUUUCAAGAGGAAGUUCAGCCAGGAAUCAAGCGCUGCUUGUUAUGAUGACGAAAAAGGAUACUAUUUGAACUGGAACCAGCAUGUCAAAAAUCAUGAACUAUACGGAAACUGUCAAGGACCAUCAACGUCAUCUGACCCUGAAUUCAUUAGCCUUGUACGGAAAUUGUUGGACUUGAUGGGCAUUUCCUAUGUGAUCGCAUGUGGAGAAGGAGAAGCUCAAUGUGUUUGGUUACAAAUAUCUGGGGCUGUCGAUUUCAUUUUAACGAACGAUUCCGAUACUCUAUUUUUUGGAGGGAAGAAAAUAUUGAAAAACUACUCAAAAUUUUACGAUGACUUUGGCCCAACCUCAAUAACUUCCCACAGUCCUAGUAGGCACUAUGAUAGUAAGGAGGUUUUUGUUACUGUUGUAGAUCUACCCAGAAUCAAUCAGGUAGCACAGAAGAAAUUCGAUCGUUUGUCCCUUUUAUUUUUUAGUGUGUUAUUGGGUGCCGAUUACAAUCAUGGGAUCAAAGGUUUAGGUAAAAACAAAUCUUUGCAAUUGGCUCAGUGCGAAGAUCCUAAUUUUUCCAUGGAAUUUUAUGACAUCUUCAAGGAUUUCAGAACAGAGGACGCGAAGUUAGAAAGCUUGAGAAACUCUCGGUAUGAAGCGUUUCAAGAAAGGUUAUAUUCAUAUUGUAAGGACCAUUCCGUCGAACUUUUUGGAAGAAACUAUUCUGUAUUAUUAAAUCAAGGUUCGUUCGAAGGUUGGCCAUCAAUUGUUGCCGUUAUGCAUUAUUUCCAUCCAAUCGUCCAGCCGUAUUUUGAUGAGGAAGUCCUCAGUGAUAAAUAUAUAAAUAUGACUGGGAACAAGAAUUACAGAAAUCUGAGAUUUAGCCAGUUGAAAAAUUUCUUGCAAGGUUUGAACUUGCCCCAAAUUUCCAAUUUCGAUAAAUGGUUCCAUGAUUCUAUGCAUGAAAUGUUUCUAUUGAGGGAAUUUAUAUCAUAUGGUGAAGCUGAUAGUGUAGGUAAAGCUAACAUGAGGAUCACUGAAGAGAAAACGAUGAACAUUAACGGGAGCAAAUUUCAAAUUCCAUGUUUUAAAAUACGCUAUACGACUUUUUUGCCAAAUAUUCCUAUUUCUUCUCAGUCCCCUUUGAUACGGAAUGAUUCUCCGAGUAGAAGUAGGAGCCCUUCACGACGUCAACUGGAUAUAAUGGAACAUCCUAAUAGCCUCUGGCUGCCGAAACACUUGAUACCUCGGUCGCACCCGUUAGUAAUUCAAUACUAUGAGGCACAACGUAUUGCACUAGAGAAAAAGAAUAAAGUAAAAAAUACAAGUAAAAAAAGUCGACCAUUACAAAAGAAUAAUCUGGAUAGUUUUCUCCAGAAGCAUGCAUCGCCAAUCAAGAAUAUCGAGAAAGUACGUAAAUCAAGACAACAAACCUUGGAGCCCGUGAAGAAGCGACUUUUUGUAGACGCAGACGAAGAUACGAGUUUGGAAGAAAUAUCAGCUAUCCCAAAAUCAACUGCUACAACUAAAGAUAGUGAUGACGGCGAUGAUGGUGAUAAUUCAUUGAUUUUUGUCGAAGAGGUUACCAGCAGUCAGACAGUACUAGAUAACUCGCCCGGUAAGAGGCUUUGGGAUCUAACCAAAGAUGAGGAGGAGGAGAUUGAUUUUGAGGAAGGGGGAAGGAAAGUAUCACCAUUGAAGAGGUCAAGAACCGGCAUUGAUGGGGAAAAAUCGUCAGGAUCCCAUUCAAAGUCGGACUUAGCGGCCGCGGCCAAUAUUCGUCUUCACAAUGUCAAAGCGCUGCCUCCAAAUUUGGCCAACCUGCGGCUAGAAAGAGAGCAUUCCUCGGUUCUUGACCAGCUUGUCACAGAUGCUCAAGACACUGUCGACCGGUUUGCAGGUUAUGAUAGCGACUGCAGUAGUAGCAUCGAUUGA